UUAUGCAACCAAAGGAGGCUCUUCUUCUUUAGAGGGGCCUAUAUAGUGCUCUUAAAAGCGCUAUGGUUUAUAGCAAGAUGAGCCCAAGGACAGUAAAUGGAAGUAGAGGGUCAACUCCCGCCCCGUCAAAAGAGAGACGGCUGAAAAUCAAUGGCAACAUAAAAACAAUAUGCAAACUUUUGCCAAUCAAGGACACGACGAAAACGAGACUGUCUCAGCACAACACCAUGUCAUACAGUAUUGUUUACAUCCGAAAGGACAAGGUCUUCGGGAAAGGUUUGCCAAGUUUUGGUCCAGCUUCACCAGUCGAUGGAGUCAAUCUGUCCGAGUUUGCAGGAGAGGGUGGCGAUGUCACUGGGGCGUUGACAGGGUUUAUGAUUGUCACGACCAAGGAUGGUAAACUGAUAUAUCUCUCGGAGAACGUUACGCAAUAUCUCGGACACUCUAUGGUCGAUAUGUUGACCCAGGGAGACAGCAUCUUUGAUAUCAUUGACAAGAAGUAUCACAACGAAUUCGAGGAGAAGUUGCGAGACGCCAGUGAAACCAUGGAUCCCCACGCAAAGCCCAGAAGUGAUGAUAUAAUUCUUUUCUGCCAGAUGAAAGUCCGCAGUCAAAAGCGCCAGACGAGCAGCGGGGACCAAAAGCUGAUGCACAUCAAGGGCCACCUCUCCUGGCUACCCAACAAUCACAAUGAACCAAUAUUCCUCGGCAUCUGCAACCCCCUAAUAACACCAGACUUUAAGGACAGUAUGGUGCAGACGUCCACAAUGUCAUUCCGAACCGUUCACCAACCCGACAUGAGAUUUAAAGAAAUAUGGGAGGGCGUAGGAGAGUUCCAUUUUGGUUGGACGAACAAGGAAAUCGUUGGUCAUUCCUGGUAUGAAAAGAUUCACCCGGAUGAUGAUAUGCGGGCCAGAGAAAAACACAAACAAUUAUUUUCACACGGACACGCACCAGAGUUAGGGUGUAUGCUGACAAUUCGUAUGAUGACGAAGUACGGGCAUUACAUCUGGCUGAACUUGAUUAUGCAUGUGGAUCAUCCCUAUGCAAAUAGUGACGAAUCAGCUGUGAUUGUCAUCAACCAAGUCAUAAGUGAUAAAGAAGCGCCUCUCUACCGCGAACAAAGCCACCGAUACAGCCCAAACAUUGUACCCAGCCCUGAGCAGCUGCCUGAUGCCACUGUUGACCAUGUUGACGGCCAUACCAUCCGUCCUAUCAUAAACGACUGGCCUGACAGUUAUUACUCACGUGGCGAUGUCGCCGGGUACCACCCCACACCACACCAGGAGCAGUACUACAGUCGAUCGUACGGACCGUAUCCUGACUACCAGGGGUAUCAGGAGAACGGGGAGGAGAGCUACGUUCACCCUCAUCCAGAUGUCCCAACAGUUGUCAACGCAUUCACGGUCAGGACGAGCGGAGACCCUCCAAAGAACGCCUUUAUGUCUUCAUCCCCAGUCCUUCCCGGAGAGCAGCAAACCAGGUUACCGGACACGACCCAACUGCCCAGUAAGGUCCGCGUCGAAAUAAGGGCCGAGGACAGUCAUAUCACCCCGCUGACGCCAGAUCGAGAACCCCAAGACGAAAUCGACGGUGUCCUGCCAUCUAGAAGGUUCGAGUUGGGCCCACCAGCUGGACUCCCGACUCCUGAUGCUUCGCCGCUCGCUUCGCCCGUAACACCGAGGAUCAAACAAGAAAAAGGCGAGGAGUACCUGGCUGAGCUCACAGUUGAUGAUGUCAAGAGAAACCUCGAAGACGAAUUGAACAGUAUAGAAUUGAACCAGAAUAACACAAUCUGGUCUGGGAAGAGAAAAAUGCAAACAUACUCACCUUCAAACGAGAUGGCGUAUCAAAUGUCGCCACCUAAACUACCAAGAAAAAAAAGCUCGUCUGAUUUGCAAGUCCCCGCAGUAUUUUCAGAUUCGGACUGGCUAAAGUAUCGGCAGUAUUUAAGAACUGGGCAACGUUGUAUGUCGACUGGGACAAACGAUCUAGAAAUGAAACAAAAGAUGCGGCGAACCUGCGGACGAACACGGAGUUGUGAAGCGAGAUCUCCGACCUGGCACCCUCGAUUACCUCACGUGUUGACGAAACUAGAGCGGGGUUCAUGUAGCACAUCCGUGUCGCCUCAGAGAGCCGCAACCGGCGCCGACCACGAACGAAGUGCUGUUCUGGAUAACUCGUCCAAUAGUAGUUCAACGCUGCAUCAUUCGCGGAUACGAACGCCUUCAAAGCGCUCUUAUACCGAGGAGACAAACCUGAUGUCGCCACUCUCCCAAAAGAACCAACUUUCUCAGGUUGGCUACGCAGAUACCAAAAGAAACACUUUCCAAGCGAAACGAGUUUGCAGACCAGUUGAUCCUCUGCCGAUCGGUUUGCCUACAGACUUUUCAUCUUUGUCACCCGAGAGUCAUGAGGACUCAUGUCCUACACGAUCCGUGGGAGUGAAACGUAACUCACUGACAAACCUCACCCACUCGGCUAGCUUCGACGGGGCAUCCUUUUAUGAUUCGCGAACUGGAACUGGAAAGCAGGUCUUGCCCAGUUUCAGUUGUAGCUUCCCGCCAAAGAAAUCCUCGCCGAUGUCACCGACAGAGCUGCCAAAACAGAGGUACCUCUCUGUCGGAACAGCCUUGCAAGACCUUUCAGAAAUGAAAGUGAGGCAAUACAACAUGGAGCCACGUCGCUCAUCGGAAAACGAGAUACAACGAUUGACGUCGUUUCAAAAUAACGAAUGGUACCCCUGUGAUGCGAAAGACACUGCCAACUAUCCUGCAUCUGAUAUAAACAUCUGCAGCGGUGGACAAACCUUUAAUUACACGUAUGCACCGGAAAAGCAGUGGUCAGAAACGCACCAUUGCUAUCCGACAGGUCAAAAUGAUGAAUUUUCUCUUCUUAAUUCGUUCACACAAUACUCCUGCAGUCCUCAGAUUUCGCAACUCAAUCAAUCCUGCUCGGGUCGGACGACGGGGACGGGGACGGUCUCUUCGUUUCCUUGCACGCCAGCAGGCAACCAAGGUUCUUGGGGUUACCAAGGGGACAACAGUACUACGGCACCAACAAGCACCAGCGAAGCAUCCCAAUUUCCAACGGCAUUUUCAUCAGGUCAGCAGAUGGACUACAGUCAGCAGCCGCCACUGCCGUCAACCCUCUCAGUGGACCGCCAUCCAGGCCCUCCCCGAAGACACAGCUUCUACUUGGACCCUGAGAUGUCACAAUCAUCACCAAUGAAUGCCAGUGUCUUUGAAGAUGAUCUCACAGAAGACACACAGUCGAGCUAUCCGACAAGUCCAGAGUCCAUUCUAGAACUGACCGACUACCCAUGGUCUAACUAAGCUUACCUGUUUACAUUGAGUGAUAAACAAGGCUUCAUUAAAUGGGUGUUAUUGGGUGGACAUGGUAAGGAUAUUUUGCCUUAACAACUCAUGUACACCAAAAUGUAUUUCGUGUAAGCAUUUUAUGGUCCACAGAAAAUGCCUGUCGUCUUGUUGUUUUGGGUAAAGCGAGAUCUCAUCUACACAGUGUCUGAACAGACAUAUCCUGAUCUCUGAUGGGUUAUUUGGCUAGAAGCAUUCUCGGGGAAGCAUUUCACUGCCAGAAAGAAACCGAGGACAAGAUGGACCUGUCUACUUAACGAUGUUUGACCGUGAUUUAUCACAAAUUGAUGUUGAUGUUGGUAUCUAAAGACCCAGGUGGUUGAUCACAACUUUGUACUUAAAUAUGCUACCUUGUUGGCAUCUAAUGACCCAGGUUUGUACUUAAAUUUUAUCACUUGUUAAUAUUCAAAAUACCCAGGUGGAUUAUUACAACUUUGUACUUGAAUUUGAUCAAGUGGCUGAUCAUAAAUUUAACAUUUCAAAAUGUAAAUAUGUUAUCGAAGUACCUUGAAUCACGAAUAUGUUGUGCAUGCCAGGGACAAAAUCACAUACUAAGCAUGUGUACAUGUUAGGUUUUAAUGCGCAUAUUAUUUUAAAACAGUACAGGAGCGUGAACUUAUCCAAGGAAUUUACUUGUGGGUCACUCUGUAAAUAGAAUAUAGACAGGUACUAGGCAUUUGAGUAGGCAUUCAGUCUAGCUUUGGAGGAUGUGAUUUUUAGCAACUCAGUUUAAUUGUACAUUCUCGGAUUCUGUGAAUAUACUCAAUUAUCACAUGUAAAGUAUCUAUAGUACAUGUAUGGUUAUUCAAACAAGUAAUGUCAUUAACUUAGAAAUAGAGAUCGUGAGAGAUCGCAAUGGUAAAUGCGAACGAGAAACCAGCCCAUACAUAGCCGGGCGAUUUUUAUUGCUCUCCGAUAGCUCAUUUUGGCUUAGUCCACAUUCUCAUUUCCAAGGGCAUCAUGCAUUAUAUUGUUGUACAUAGUUUCAGUUUAUAUGAAAUCCAAGAAAUUGUU